AUGCUGCAGCUCGUGCUCCUCGCCGCCCUCGCCCUCUGUGGGCGCUGCUCUGAGCAGGACCUCGAUGGGAUGCAACGCGUGGUCGGUGGCACUGAGGCGCGCUCUCACGCUUGGCCGUCCCAGAUCUCGCUCCAGUAUUACUCUGGGGGCAGCUGGCACCACACCUGCGGAGGGUCCCUCAUCCAGAGGAACUGGGUGAUGACUGCAGCCCAUUGCGUGGAUCGUAACCUGAACUUCCGCGUUGUGGCCGGCGAGCACAACCUGUACGCCAAUGACGGCAGCGAGCAGAUCUUCAGCGUGAGCAGGAUCAUCAUCCACCCCUACUGGAACAGCAACAACGUCGCCGCGGGUUAUGACAUCGCCCUGCUGCGCCUGGCCAGCUCCGCCACCCUCAACAGCUACGUGCAGCUGGCGGCCCUGCCCCAGGAGGGGACCAUCCUGGCCAACAACUACCCCUGCUACAUCACGGGCUGGGGGCUGACCCGCACCAACGGGCAGCUCUCCAACGUCCUGCUGCAGGCCUACCUGCCUGUGGUGGACUACCAGAUCUGCUCCAGCUCCAGCUACUGGGGCUCCACUGUCAAGAACACCAUGAUCUGCGCCGGCGGUGAUGGCGUCCGCUCCGGCUGCCAGGGUGAUUCGGGCGGUCCCCUCCACUGCGCGGUCAACGGGCAGUACCAGGUCCACGGCGUCACCAGCUUCGUCUCCGCCUCGGGCUGCAACGUGGCGCGCAAACCCACCGUCUUCACCCGCGUGUCCGCCUACAUCUCCUGGAUCUCGAGCGUAAGGCAAAGCUGA